AUGGAUCCGCGAACAGGCCUCGCUGAGGUCUUGAGGACGUUGCAAAAUAUCCUGUCUUCACCUGACCUUGCUGUCUCACAAUACUUGGUCCGCUCGGACGGGGACGGGACGACGGCCAGGUUUCCAGUCUUGCCUCGAGACAUACCGCCUUUACUACCUGGUAAACUCGACGAGACUGUUCCUUCUUCACCGUCUACCAAUCAGCAGGGACAGGCAGCAGCAGCAGCAGCAGCAGACGGGGACGAGGACGAGGAUACCCUCGCAAGACUGGCAAAGCACUUGACUACAGACAUUCUCCCGUAUCUCAACCUCUCGUCGCUCUCGCCACACUACUACGGCUUCGUGACCGGGGGCGCCACCCCAGCGGCCCUACUAGGCGACCUCCUCGCUUCCAUCUACGACCAGAAUGUCCAGGUCCACCUCCCGCGAGAGACCAUCGCGACGACCCUCGAAGUUGCAACUCUCAAUUUGCUCGUGCAGUUGUUUCGGCUGCCGGAGGCGGCGUGGGGGGUUGGAAAACGCAGCUCUGGAGGCGGGGGCACGUUUACUACUGGUGCAACGGCGAGCAAUGUCCUUGGUCUGGCGUUGGGGAGGGAAUUCGUGCUCCGAAAGGCCCUGCAGAGGCGAGGUGUCUCAAACUCGGGGGAAUUGAGCUGCGGCGAGCAUGGGGUCCCGGAGCUCAUGGACCAGGCCCAGAUCCGGAAGAUCCAGGUGCUCAGCACGUUGCCUCACUCGAGCAUUGCCAAAGCCGCCAGUAUCGUCGGGAUCGGAAGGAAGAAUGUCGUUUCCUUUUCCUCGUCACAGGGAGACGGUCUGAAGAUCGACCUCGCCCGUCUGAGAGAGGAGGCGGCAAGACCGGACGUCGUCAACAUCCUGGCCAUCUCGGCCGGCGAGGUCAACACGGGCCGCUUUGCCACGGACUCGCUCGACCAAAUGAACCGUCUCCGCCAAAUCUGUGACGAGGCCGGGAUCUGGAUUCACGUCGACGGCGCUUUCGGGCUCUUUGGCCGCGUCUUCCCUCCGGACGGUGACGACCACGACACCGAAUUCGACGCGAUAGUACGGGGAGUUGACGGCCUUGAGCUCGCCGACUCCAUUACGGGCGACUGUCAUAAACUGCUCAAUGUCCCCUACGACUGCGGCGUCUUCUUUACCCGCCACAAGAGUCUGUGUGAAGAUGUCUUCCAGAACGGCAACGCGGCGUAUCUCACGAGCGCCACCACCAGCGCCUCGACGAACACCGCAGGUGUGGAUGCCUACGACGCGAUCCAAAGCCCGUUAAACAUCGGCAUAGAGAACUCACGCAGAUUCCGCGCGUUGCCUGUAUAUGCGACGCUCAGGGCAUACGGGCGCGAGGGUUAUCUGGACAUGUUGAAGCGGCAGAUUAGGCUGGCCAGGAGCGUGAGCAGUUGGCUACUCAGAGACGAAAGGUUCGAGCUGCUGCCCGCGCGGAGCGGCCUGGGGCAGGAGAGCGAACAGGAAGCUCUGGCCAAGACAUUUAUUGUGGUCCUGUUCAGAGUAAAGGACGAAGAAUUGAUGAGAGACUUUGUGAGGAGGGCGAAUGACACCGGCAAGAUCUAUAUGACGGGGACGGUGUGGGAUGGGAAGCCCGCAGCGAGGAUUGCGAUAAGUAACUGGAGGAUCGAUAUGGAGAGAGAUGCCAAGUUGAUCGAAGAGGUCUUGGACGAGGUGGCUGGAGGACGACGGUGA